AUGAAGGACUUAGGCUAUCUUCGGAACUUCUUGGGCAUUGGAGUUGCUUACUCUCCUAGAGGCUAUCUUCUUUCUCAAUCCAAGUAUAUUGCAAACAUUCUUGAACAGACUCGCCUUUCUGAUACUAGAGUAGAGGAUAGUCCUCUUGAGUUGAAUGUGAAGUAUUCUUCGUCUGAUGGUGUUCCUCUACCAGAUCCCACCUUAUAUCGUACUUUGGUUGGCAGCCUAGUGUACCUUACAAUUACUAGACCAGAUAUUUCUUAUGUCGUUCAUGUUGUUAGUCAGUUUGUUGUCUCUCCUACUACAGUGCAUUGGGCAGCCGUUCUUUGCAUAUGUCGUUAUCUUCGGGGAAGCCAAUUUAAGAGCCUUCUUUUUCCCUCAUCGUCCUCAUUGGAAUUGCGUGCUUAUUCUGAUGCUGAUUGGGCUGGUGACCCCAUAGAUCGUAAGUCUACCACAGGUUUUUGUAUCUUUCUUGGAGACUCUCUUAUUUCUUGGAAGAGUAAGAAACAAGAUAUUGUCUCUCAUUCUUCUACAGAAGCUGAGUAUCGUGCUAUGACAUCCACCACUACUGAAAUAGUUUGGUUGCGUUGGUUACUAUUUGAUAUGGGUGUUAUUCUUUCCGAACCAACUUCCAUGUAUUAUGAUAACAAGAGUGCCAUUCAAAUUGCUCACAAUUCGGUCUUUCAUGAACGUACCAAACACAUAGAGAUUGAUUGUCACUACACUCGUCAUCAUCUUCAGCAUGGGACAAUUACUCUACCGUUUGUCUCUUCUGCUUUACAGAUUGCUGAUUUGUUUAUGAAGACACAUUCCAUUAAACGUUUUCGUUUUUUGAUUGACAAACUCUCGAUGCUUCCUACUAAUGCAUCUUGA